UUCUCUCCUCUCUUUCACGCUAUAUAUAACCAAAAGCCUUUUGCAAAGUUGCAUUUCAUGCUUGCAUUUUGAGUCAUCGCUCUUUUUUUCCCCCACUAAUGGCGUUCUCCAACACCGGCAUUUUUCUCUCCGAUACGAGGGAUCUAACCGAAGCGGAAUUAGGGUUUUUUCAUGAACCCGUUCUAGGGUUUUCAGACAGAAAGAUUCCGCCAUCUCCACGAGAUCACGGCUCCGACAUUUCCAUUCCGAGAGAUCAAAAUGCUCCUGACCAAGAUCGCGAAGAUAAGCAAAAACAAGACCAAGAUCAAGAACGAGAGAAGAGUAAACGUUUCCGUGAAGAGAGAGAAAAUGAAAGAGACGACGACGAUGACGAUGGUGCUAGUAAGACUCCGAUACGUUCGGACCAGAUGAUUCCGGCGACUCCGAGGCGGUGUCCGGCAGCGCCGAGGAAAGUUCCGGCGAGAAGAGUGAAGAAGAUCAUGAGCGAUACCGGAGGUAGGUGCCGGAGAAGGAUUUUUGUGGACGCUUCCAGAGAGAUUGAGUCUCUCUUCCCACAGACAUUUCUUGAAGAUCUCAGCAAUAAAAUGAAGAAAGCCAGAUAUUGCUGAUCCAUGUAUAUCGUGUGUAUAUAUAUAUAUAUAUACGCACGUAAUGUAGCAACUUCUCGUAGUACGUUUGUAGUUACGAAUUAUAUACACGCGCCUUGAUUC